GGGUAGGAGCGAGCGAGGGAGUGAGUUAAAUGACUGUGUGUUGAGAGCUCUGCAAUCAUCCAGAGACGACCACAGCUGAUGUGUGGAUUACCACAGCAUUUCUCACUGGAGCUGUUUUUGGGAAAUGGUGGGCUUUCUUCUUCUUCAGCUGUUGAAGCCGCGAUGGAGCACCUGGUGAGUGAGCUGAACAUGCUGCUGAAGCUGCUGGACCAGGAGAGUGUGAGCAGGGCCACAACGGAGAAGAUGAGCACAGUCCGGAGCCUCCUGGGGCAGCUGCAGCCAUCAGUGAAUGGAUCAGACUUCAUAUACAUGAACACUUCUCUUUACGGAAAUGGCACCAGCUUUGUGGAAUCCCUGUUUGAGGAAUUCGACCUGGAUGAGUUCAGACCCUCCCCAGAAGAACUAAAGGAACCGGUUGAGGAGGAGGAACCGGUUGAGGAGGAAACCCCCAAAAUACCGCCCUCAAAAAGUCCCACUGACACCCCACCUCCUCUGCCAACCACCCCUCCCCCAGAGGACUAUUAUGAGGAGGCAGUGCCCCUGGAUCCAGGCACAGCGACCCAAUACAUCACCGCCAACAUCACCAAACGCAUCAGCGCAAGUCCCCCAAAUUCCAUUGAAGAUGCAUAUUAUGAGGAUGCUGACAAUAAUUACCCCAUCACCCAAAUCAAUGGCCCGCACAAGAACUCAUACGCUGAUUCAGACGCGCUGAGCAGCUCCUAUGAAUCGUAUGAUGAGGAGGAUGAGGAGGCGAAGGGCCAGGACAGGACUCGUCAGAGGUGGCAGUCAGAGGAGAACUCUGUGGGCCCCAUGAAGGACUGUCGUAUCUGUGCCUUUUUGCUGCGCAAGAAACGCUUCGGCCAAUGGGCCAAACAGUUGACGGUCGUCCGUGACAACAGAUUACAGUGCUACAAGAGCAUUAAAGACAGAAGCCCACACAUUGAGCUGCCGCUGAACCUGUGUAACGUCAUCUACAUUCCCAAAGAGGCGCGCCGCAAGAAGCACGAGCUGCGUUUCUCCCUGCCUGGUGGAGAGGCCUUGGUGCUGGCUGUCCAGAGCAAGGAGCAGGCAGAACGAUGGCUCAAGGUGAUCCGGGAGGUGGCCAGUCAAGCCACCAGCAGUGAAGGAUUAGAGGGCUCAUCCUCUCCUAUGAUUCAGAGGAAGAUGGAGCUGGACAAGUUACUAGGAGCUGACAAGCACACUGUAGUGUUGGUUGACAAGCACACCUCUGACUCUGACAGCGUGGCCACAGGUGACAACCUGCCCUCUGGUCAGCUCCGUGACAACUGUGAAGGGAAGGGGAAGAGGGGGGCGUUUUCAGAGCUGACGGGGUCUAUGAGCAGAGCGGCUGGACGGAAGAUCACCAGGAUCAUCAGUUUCUCUAAGAAGAAGCCUCCUCUCCCAGGAGACGCUCCGUCCUCCUACCACCAUGACGACAACCCCCGCUGUGGUUACCUAAAUCUACUGCUGAGCCAGUGUUGGAGGGAGAGAUGGUGCUGUGUGAGGAGUGGAACACUGUACCUUCACAAAGACCGGGGCGACCUGGGUACUCAUGUAAGAGCUGUGGUCCUCCAUGGGGCUGAGGUCAUACCUGGAGUAGGGCCUAAUCACCCCUUCGCCUUCCGCAUCCUGCAAGGAGGCAACGAGGUGGCUGCCUUGGAGGCCAGCUGUUCAGAAGAGAUGGGCCGUUGGCUGGGGGUUCUGCUGGCAGAGUCUGGCUGUGCCACCAGCCCUGAGGCUUUGCACUAUGACUAUGUGGACGUGGACACCAUCACUAGCAUCACAGACGCAGCAAGACACUCCUUCCUAUGGGCUACCUCCUCCAGCAGUGCCUCGACAGACUCCAGAACGUAUGACGAGGUUCCUUAUGAGAGCAUAUUGCAGCCAGAGGAGCAGGUGCCCAGACCAGGAGCUCAGGUGAAACACCACUCUUCUUUCCCUAGCAGCAGAGAGACUGAGAAGGUGGACUCCCUAGUCACCACAAAGAGACACUGCUCCAGUAAGUCUCCAGAAGAUGCGAAUCAGCAUAUAUCAGGGAAGUAUGGUAAAACACGAGCAGAGGGCGAUGCCAGGAGGUACCUGAAGGAGAAAGAUGAGAUGGAGAAGAAGCGAGAGGUCCUCAAAAGUGCCCUGCUUGUGUUACGCAAUGAGAGGAAAGAGGUGAAGGAACAACUGAAGGACGCUACAGGUAAGCAGCAGAAGCAGCUGGAGAAGCGUUUUGCCCAGCUGGAGGAGAACUGCAGGGCGAAGGAGGGGGAGCGGGUGGACCUGGAGCUGCGUCUCACUGAGGUGAAGGAGAAUCUAAAGAAGUCGCUGGCUGGAGGGGUGCUGGGGCCGCCCACAGAGAGCAAACCCCCCAGAAAGGCCCAGAUCAGUAAAGUUGAUCAUCUAUACAGCGAGGCAUCCAUGCCAGUAAACUGUGCUGCUGAGAUGAGGAAGCGUCCCCUAUCCAUCUAUGCAUCUAGCAGAGGGAAUGUCAUGCAGAAAGCCAAGGAAUGGGAGUCGAAGAAGGGGACUUAGAAAGACAAUGCUCAUGCAGAUGGACAGUCUAAUUCUGGUCUUGGAACAUGUUGGAGCUGAUUUGAAAGAGGGGAGAGCGAGUGAAGCAGGCACUCCAUUCUCAACUUUUCCACUCCCCUCUUGAGAGCUCAACAUUUACUGCACUUCGCUGAGCUGAGAAACGUGUGACUGGAGAAGACGAGACACCGAAUCUCUUGGAAUUGUUGUAGAACCUCACUCAAAGCACUAGUUCACUUGGAAACGCUGAAUGUUCAUUCUGUGAUUCAGUAAUCGCUUGUGUUGCAUGUGGUACCGUUGUUCCUUCAGACUGUGGAAGAGGAUAUGUUAUGGGGUUUGAUGUGAAUACAUCAGAGGGCUGGAAACGUUGAGAGCUGAGAGUUGAGAGAGAUGAGAGUUGAGAGAGAUGAGAGUUGAGAGAGCUGAGAGUUGAGAGAGAUGAGAGUUGAGAGAGCUGAGAGUUGAGAGAGCUGAGAGUUGAGAGAGCUGAGAG